AUGGGCCCACCACUGGGCUUAAGAGACUAUGCGCCCGGCAUGCUGCCCGGACGCCACGACCUGCCGCUACAUCCUCGCGAGUUCUUGCCGGGACCUGUGCCAUUCAGGCCUCCAGGCCCGCUCGGCGCCCGAGCAUAUUUCAUUUCGGAUCUGCGAAUGCCACCCGCUGGACUCCAAGACUACCGACCACCACCUGCCGGGCCCCAGGAUAACCCACCGAUGCCUGCCGGGCCCCAGGACAACCCACCACCGCCUGCUGGGCGCCAGGCCUACCCACCACCACGUGCCGGGCACCAGCACUACCCACCACCGCCUGCCAGGCCCCAGGACUACCAACCACCAAGUGCCGGGCUCCAGGACUACCCACCGCCGCCUGCCCGGCCCCACGACUACCCACCGCCGCCUGCGGGGGUCCCAGGAAAACCCACCACCAAGUGCCGGGCCUCAGGACCAUGGAUGGCCGCCCUCUGCGAGCCUAAACUUCGCAUGCUGUGA